UUUGUUGGAGUAGUUCAUUUCUUGAUGGUCUUUUCUUUUUUUUCUUUUAGAAUUGGUUUUGUAUAGUUUAUUUAUCUAAUACAUACAUUAGUUCCCUCUGGUUUGGUGGUUUUACCUUUUUUGUCCCUUGGAAACCAUGAAUGCCCCCAAACUCAUUGUCCCUUCAAAAGCAAGUAAAUAUUAUCAAGGUUGUUGAUAUCAUUAGGUACACAGUGGGACAAACAUGCAUCCAUUCUCCAAUUGAUCUUGGCACAUGUCAUAUGUGAGUGACAAACAUCAAAUUAUAUCCCCCACAAAUAAUUCUAUCACUCAAUUGUUGAGAUGCAUAAUUUCUAGUUGAGUGAUGAUUUUCUUUCCCCCUCCUCCCCUGCCCUUCUUUUUUAUUGUUAUUUUUUUCUAGAACUUGGUGAAACAUGGGAGGCCUCAACUUAUUAGUUAGUAGAGGAAUAAUAUAUUAAUAAGCUAAUUUAUUAGCACAUAAAGAUCUAGCUCAAUGAGUUGAGAAGACAGAAGAAAAGAAGAGAAGAAAAAAAAAAAAAAACUUGAAUUGAUGUUUCCAAGUCCAGGCCUAAAAUACAUUUUUCAUUUCAUGGGCUUCUAUAUAGCUUUUGGAAAUUGAAAUUCAGGCCCAAAUUUCAGCGCCCAAAAUCCAUUUGAAAUUCAACCAAUUUUAAGGCUCAGCAUUCAUCAGAGUCUCAAUUUCAAAUUCCCUCCCUUUCCCUCUCUUUCAGAUGCAUUUCAAGAAAACAAUUCCACGAAUCACAGAAACCGAGAUUUCUGAUAAUGGAGAAGCGACUUGGUUCAUCUCUCAAAUCCUCAGCAGAGGAUUUCAUUUCCUCAGCGACAAAGCUGAAUUUGAAAUCUUCAAAAUCCACACUUAAAACCCUAAUUCACAGCAUCUCCACCUCUUCAUCACUCUCCACCACUCUCCCUUGCUCUCUCCACCAUUCCAUUUCCAAUUCAAUCCUUUCCUUCCAGAACCUUCUACAACACCCCCCUCAGCCUUUGGACCCUGCAAAAUCCCCUCCUUCAAAACGCCCACGCAGAGCUUCAUCCCGGAAAAACAAACCUAGUCCCCUUGAACAUGAAACCAAUCUCACCCAUGAGAAGCAAGAUACCAUUGAUAAAUUUCAAAUUCUUGCUCACAUUACUUUCUUAUGUGUUUCGCAACCAAAAAAGGCGUUUUCGCCGUCUGACUUGUUACCUGCUGUUCAGUUAUUGCAUGAUAAUCUGGUUCUUUUCGAGUCGGAUUUAAGCUUAUCAUUAGAAAUAGCAAGCUUAUGUGAGUUUUAUUGGAAAGAGAAUUUAUCUGGUAGAGAAAUGCUAAUUUCUCAGUUUAUACCCUUUUUAGUUUCGAGGUCAUUAACUUCGAAGAGGAAAAUCGAUGUGCAUAGAGUCUGUGCAUUGCGUGAGGCUUUUAAUUUGUUUGAUUUUGAAGAUGAGAGUAUAGAGGAUUUGAAAUUAUUGUUAAUGAGAUGUGUAAUUUCGCCUCUGUAUUUAAAAACAGAGGAUGGCAGGCGGUUUCUUGCGUUUAUAUUCGGGUUGAGUAUGCAAUUACUGAAGGAGGCUUUAGCAAUGAUAAAGUCUCAGAUUCCUUUUGGAAGGAAAUCGAUAUUGGAGGCGUAUGGAGAGAUUUUAUUCAGGGCGUGGAAAGGAGUUAAUGGGGAAUUAAAGGAUGAGAUUGAGAAUGGGUUUUUGCAGGGUUUAAUUGAGGCUGCAAUUUACUCGAGUUCAGGUGUUUUAGCAUCUUCUGUUAGGAGGGUUUUGGGAGCUUUUGUUAGUCAAAGGACUACCGAUGGUGUCGAAAAAUUACUUUUCCGGCUCGCUGAGCCUGUUAUCUUUCGCUCGCUUCAGGUCGCUAAUUCAAAUGUUCGCCUCAAUGCAUUGCAUUUACUUUUAGAUCUGUUUCCUCUUGAAGAUCCUGAUGUAACAAAAGAAGUUAAGGAUACACUGCUUGAUAAACAGUUCUUCUUACUAGAGAGAUUGCUCAUGGAUGAUUGUCCAAAUGUGAGAGUUGUUGCAGUGGAAGGUUGUUGCCGUGUUCUCCAUUUAUUUUGGGAGAUCAUCCCUUCAUCAACCAUUACAAAGGUACUUACAAAGAUUUUCGAUGACAUGUCACAUGAUAUAUCCAAUGAGGUCAGGCUUUCCACAUUGAAUGGGAUUGUUUAUUUGCUUGGAAAUCCACAAUCUCAUGAAAUUCUGAAAGUGCUCUUACAAAGAGUGGGGCAUCUGAUAUUAGAUAAUGUUCUAUCCAUUCGUGUUGCUGUUAUGGAUCUCCUCCUUCUUCUAAGAGAUAUUCCAUCUUUCCAGUUUAAUAAGGUUGUAGGUUUGGAUGAAUUAUUGUCAAGUCUGGCAAAUGAUCAACCACAGGUUGCUCAGAAGAUAACAAGAUUGCUUAUGCCAUCAUACUUUCCCUCAAAAGUAAGCACUGAAGAGGCAUGCAAUCGCUGUGUUACUCUUAUAAAAAGGUCUCCCAUGGCUGGUGCAAGGUUUUGUGAAUUUGCUGUAUCAGAGGGGGCAUCUCUUAAAUCUCUCAUGGAGCUAGUCAGAGCAUUGAUAAGUUUGGCGUUAAGACAUGAUAAGUUAGAAGCAGAUCAAAAGGAGGGUUUUCUUGCUGCUGCAUCCCAUCUUUGCAAUAGUCUAGUGGGUGAGCCAUGUUACAAGAAUGCUCUGAAAGAGUUAUUUGUUGGUGGAAAAGUAAAGAGCCUAUUUGCUUAUGCAUCAACUAGGUGUGCUCAAUCAUCUGUUCUCAACAUUUUUUCGUCCAUCUCUCCAGAGGAUGUGGCUGUGCUUGUUGAAGAAUGUAUGCAUCUCAUCACCAAUUGUAGUGGCAUCUCAGAUAACGUGGAAUUGCAAGACGAAGUGAGGUCUGCCCACAAAUUGAUGCUGUCUUGUGAUAGUUUUGAUGAUUUGUUUGAGGCUCUAACAAAGCUUUUGCAAAAAACUGCCUACCGUUGCCAUAUCAAAUUUGGGGUUGAAAUGCCAAAGCAGAGAAUUUCCCCUAGAAAAAGGAAGAAAUGCAAGUAUGCGGUUAAAAUAUCAGCUAAAUGGAAACACGUAAGUGGAAAAACUGCAUCCAACUUUGAGGACGAUUAUUCACUUGCUCUAGGUAUAGCCUGGCAAAUAAAAGACUUGCUUGGUUCUGAGGACUCUCGGAAAGCCAUUUUUGGGUCACAAGCUCUAGAACUUCCAUUCCUUGCUUUAAAAGUCAUUUCAGAAGUUAGCAUUAUGCAGUGCGUCAGCUGUGAAUACUUGGACUCAUCUCCUGUUUUAGCAUAUACGGCUCUUGCCUUGCAUAUGACUCUUCAAAAUAUAAAAAUUAGUACACAUGAAUCUGGUCAGAAGAAUGAUAGAACUGACUCUUCAUCAAUUCUGGAGCCAACGUUGCUGGAUGAGACAACAGAUCAUCUGCUUAAUUGUACCGACAAGCUGCUUGCAGCAGGUGACAGUGGAGUGUCUUGCAAUUUACCUGCAGACGCAACACAAGAAAGGAAGAAGGGCCACCGUAACAGAGUCAAGCAAAAGGAUUUUCAAAAAGAUGCCUCCAGUGCAAAUAAUGAUGGAUCUCUUCUUAGUAAAGAGAAGAUAAUGUCAAAUAAGGUGAAGCUGCUUACUACAGUUCUCAAGUUCAUUGUCGACUCCACUGCAAUGGGCUUUCUUUCUAACACCCACAGAAGGUGCUUGAGCUUUACUUCAUCGUAUAUAAAAUAUGUCAUCCAUGUCUUAGGGAAACAAUCUAACGAAAGAGUGCAAUUUAAGGAGGAUAAUUUGAAAGAAUGUAUUCUAUGCUUGAAAAGCUCUUUCAGCUAUGCAGCCAAGUUACUCAAUCUCAUCCUUAAAGACACCAAUGAAGCUUCACCUCCUCCAACGGAAACUUUUAAUCUGGCCAAUGAUAUGCUUGACCUAAUCACGUCAAUUGAGCUGUCUUUGGGCUCUAAUUUUGCUGCACGUCUUGCUGCAGGAGCAAAAUCUUGGCUGCCUGAUCUGAUUCUUGCCUUGGGAUCCAGGUGCAUAUUUCAACAAACUCCAGCAGAAAGCACAUACUUGACGGCAUUAUCUCAUGUUAAGCUCCAUUUUCCAUCAUGGCCUUUAAUUUUAGCGGAGAUUGAGCUCUGUGAGAUAAGCAAAGAUAGUCCAGAAAAGGAGGAUGAUAGAGAUUCAGAACCAGAUGAGUUUCCUCUGUUUGAGAAAUUUAUAGAAAUGAUACUUUCACUGUUGAAGGGAAAUCCGAAGGUGCUGGAUGCAGUUGGAGUGAUUUUUUUAACUUACUCAAUUGUUGGCCUAGAAAGGAAGGAUUUUGGAUUGGUAUUAGGACUCCUGCACUUCGUCCGUGUUAAGUUAGUUGGCCAAGAAGAUAGAGAGUGGACUGAACUUGAGAUGAUGCUGAGUUCUCUGCCGGACAUUUAUCCUCAGAUUGAGAGAGAAUCAGAAGAACAAAUUAAUGAAGAUGCAAGGCAGAAGUUAGAAAGUGCUAGGGCAUUGCUUGAACCUGUUUGGUUGUACCAUGUAUAUGAAACUGGGAGGUUUACUGCGAUGGAAGAGUAGAUUAUUAUAAUCAUUUAAUCCUUUUUAACAGCUUCUACAAUUGAAUCUUAAUGGGAAUACAUAUUUCCCAAUGUAAAGUGGAAAUGUGGAAAAAGAACAAUAAAGAAUGAAUAAAGUGUGUGUAUUAUUUUUGUAUUA